GUGGCGGGGCUCAGUGGUUCUACCUGUGCUAGCUCAUCAGUCAAGGUCAGGAUAAGCUCACUGGACAAAUGAAAGAGACUGCGGAUGGUCCCCUGCUCAUUAUUUCCAUCAGGUGAGAACUAGCAGAGACGUGAUUUCGUGGAAGAAUGAUCAGCUUUUUGUAUUUCAUCCUCCCGGUGGUGGGAGGGUACGCUCUCACCUCGUUGUACCUGCUGAAGAACCCGCAAAUUCUCCACAGGAGGAAACGUACAGCCUUUUACUGCACACACAUCUCACACAGAGGAGGAAGUGGAGAGAGGAUAGAAAACACCAUGGAGGCAUUCACAAAUGCAGUGGAGCAUGGCACGGACAUGCUGGAGAUGGACUGUCAUUUAACACGUGAUGGACAUGUGGUGGUGUCACAUGAUGAGAAUCUGCUGAGGCAGACUGGUCACGAUGUCACCGUCUCCUCACUCAACCUACAGGAUUUGCCUUUGUAUAAGGAGAAAAUGGAGGUGACAUUUUAUGUAGGUCACUACAGCAGUGGUGCAGACAGGAAGUUUGUUCUACUGGAGGACGUGUUCAAGAGGUUCCCUAAGCUACCUGUCAGUAUCGAGAUCAAGGAGAACAAUAGCCAGCUGAUAGAAAAGAACGACUCCAUGCCGUACAGUUUCACUGUGAACCGAGGUUUGCUGGUUCUGCUUCUCUUCUACACCGGCCUGCUGCCCUUUGUGCCACUGGGAGAGAGUAUAUUGCAGUUCUACCUGCCGAGCAUCUACAACAGGACAUUCAUUCCUGAGGAUCCCAUCCUGAGGAACAGACUGGUCAUCUUUUUGUUAGAAAAAGUGACUAUGAGGAGGAGUCUUUUCAAACACCUUGCAGCCCGUGGAAUUCAGGUGCAUCUGUUUGUUUGCAAUGAAGAUGAGGACAUAAAGGCAGCAUUUGAUAUAGGAGCCACAGGAGUGAUGAGUGACUAUCCAUCUCGUCUGUCAAGCUACCUCUGCAGAAACAGAAGUCAGGAUUGA